GCUUUCUCUUUUUCUCUUUUUCAUCUUAUUUAUUCAAGAGAUGGUGUGUUUCUGGGCUUUAUUGUCAACUGAAUUAGAGUUUAUAUACACAUCGUAUUAUUCACUCGAUAGACAUUCUUUAUGGGAUUUCAUUCAUCCUGAAGAAGUCUUGUUAGCCAAGAGAGAUCUUGUUCGCUUUAUUCAAACCAAUCAGUCCAAUGGAUCUGUUACAAGAUGUCGAUUAAAAGAUUAUACUAACAACUCCUCUUUGGAUUGGAUUGUUGUUGACAUGACGAUGUAUGUAGCCACACAAGAUCUUGUCUUGGCUUUCUUUCACCCUAUUCAAGAAGUCUCUUGCCAGGAACAGCCCAAUUGCUAUCAUUUGAGAGAAGCAUUAAUACACCGUUUACAUAGAAACCUGCCUUCUCCUUCUCUUUCAACAUCGUCUUCUAUUUCAUCUAGUUCAUCUCAACCUAUAUACCCUGAUACACCAUACCAAUCAUUAUCCAUCAUGGAUACUCGCUAUCAAUCCAUUGUGUUAUCAUGGCCUGAAGAGACAGACAGAGUACUGGAUGUACAUCUCUCGUCUGAUAAACACAAUGGCUGUUCUCGCUAUAUUCAACCUCAAGUGCGUCUCAUAUCUGGUCAACGUAUAGAACGUCUUGUGAUUGAAUAUGGUACGAUUGGAUUUAUACUGACGCGUAUAGACAAGAUCCAGACACACAUUUCAUUUGAAGAGAAUAGUAACAAACAACAACAAUAUCAAAGGAAUCAUUGUCAAAGUUGUGGCACAGAUUCCAGUCCAGAAUGGCGUCGAGGACCCACAGGCCAUAAAACUCUAUGUAAUGCUUGUGGUCUGAGAUAUUCUCGAUCAGUUGCACGACAGGGAAAGAAACAAAAACAACAUUCUUUAAUUCAGAGUCAGAAUACGCCACAUUAUCAUCCUUAUUAAACAUGCCUUUCAUAUAUAUAUAUGUAUAUAUAUGCUCUCAUUACAUUCAUUUACUAUAGUAUACACACUCUAUUUAUAUGCCCAAUAGGAACAAGAAGAAGAACAAGAACAAGAACAUAUGAAUUAAGCUAAUAAAGAAGCAUAUCGGAAUGAAGGGUUCCGUUGCAUUGACA